UCCGCGCUUUGGCUGAGGGACGUGUAUUCGCGCUCGCUUGGUCAUGGAGGCGCAGUCCAAGCUGCUAGACGCCACGACUCCGUCCCGCCGCUGGACUCGAAAGCUGGUGCUGCUCCUGCCACCGCUCCUGUUGUUCCUGCUGCGAACCGAAGCUCUGCAGGGUUUAGAGACUGAGGAGCGGUUCCGGACCCGCGAAAAUGAGUGCCACUUCUACGCUGGUGGACAAGUGUACCCGGGAGAGGUGUCCCGGGUUUCAAUCGCAGAUCACUCCCUGCAACUAAGCAAAGCCAAGAUUUCUAAGCCAGCACCGUACUGGGAAGGAACAGCUGUGAUAAACGGAGAAUUCAAGGAGCUCAAACUGACUGACUAUCGUGGGAAGUACUUAGUUUUUUUCUUCUACCCACUCGAUUUCACCUUUGUAUGUCCAACUGAAAUCAUUGCUUUUGGUGACCGAAUUGAAGAAUUCAGAUCUAUAAAUACUGAAGUAGUGGCAUGCUCUGUCGACUCUCAGUUUACCCACUUGGCCUGGAUUAAUACUCCUCGAAGACAGGGAGGACUGGGGCCAAUAAGGAUUCCACUUCUUUCAGACCUGAACCAUCAGAUCUCAAAGGACUAUGGUGUAUACCUCGAGGACUCAGGCCAUACUCUUAGAGGCCUCUUUAUUAUUGAUGACAAAGGAGUCCUAAGGCAGAUUACUCUGAAUGACCUUCCUGUGGGUAGAUCAGUAGACGAGACACUGCGUUUGGUUCAAGCAUUCCAGUACACUGACAAGCAUGGAGAAGUCUGCCCUGCUGGCUGGAAACCUGGUAGUGAAACAAUAAUCCCAGAUCCAGCUGGAAAACUGAAGUAUUUCGACAAACUGAACUGAAAAAUACUUCAGUUUUGAUGUUUGGACCUUCUCAAUAAAGGUCACUGUGUUACUACCAUA